UUUUGACAGGCUGAGAAACAGCCACACAAGUGCCGAUUUUGUAGCUUAGUCCAUCACCACCAAGAACAUAAUAUCCUCCAUUCUUCUCCUUCACUUUCUAACUUAUUUUUUCUCUCACUUACUCCUUUUCGAAACACAAAACUAAACCCAUUUCACUCCUUCAAAUUCCCUAUCUUCCCAUCCCAUUUUCUCAUUAAGGUAAGCACUAAUUAUUCACUUUCUUGUUAAUUAAAGAUUUCAAUUUUGUAAGAAAUCUUGAAACUUUUUGCCCACCUUAUACAAUUUACUCGAUAUGGUAUCAUAAGGGGUGUUUUUAGGUUUCUUGUUGGUUUUCGUGAAUGGGGUCUAUGGUGGUUUUAGUUGGUAGCAUGCCAUCUUUGGCUUCCCUUAUGAGUUUAGGGAGCUUGAACGUGUCUACAGCUAGCUCUAGUUGUGUUGAAUCUUCUUCAUAUUCAGUUUUAAAGAGAAUUUCUUUAUCAAAAAGGAGUCUUGGGAGGGCUAAAAGAUGGGAUUGUGUGUGUAAAUAUUCAAUUACUACCACUGAUUUCAUUGCUGAGCAAGGCAAUGCUGUUUCACUUGAUUCUAGUAGUAGUACAAUUAAAGGAGGAAGUGAUGGUGAUAGUGAGGUUGUGCUUAAGCCUGCUCCAAAGCCUGUGUUAAAAUCUCCAGCUGGUUCUAAGGAUGAAACCCCUUUGAGUAUGAAUUCUGUUGGGUGGGGUUCUUCAAGUGCUAGUGGGGAUUCUGAUGGUGAAAGGUCGGAUGAGGAGGAAGGAGAGAGGAAUAAGGUGAUCGAGUCACUUGGUGAGGUUUUGGAGAAAGCUGAAAAGCUUGAAACUUCAAAACUGAGCCAAGUGGGUGGUAGUGCUAGUGGUAAUAGGAAACAGAAUGGGUUUGUAAAUAAAAUGACUUCACCUAAUGUGGGUAAUGAUUCGAGAAAUGUUAAUUCAUCGGCUACUAACAUGAAAACUAAAACUUUAAAAAGUGUGUGGCGGAAAGGAGACUCUGUGGCUGCAUUGCCGAAGGUUGUCAAGGAAGUUCCAAAGGCUAGUAAUAGGGUUAUCAAAAGGGAACCUAAAACGGUAGAAGGAGCAAAGCUAGAAUCUCAAUCAACUGUACCAUUGAAGCCUCCUCAGCCACCUCUAAGACCUCAACCAAAGUUACAGGGCAAGCCAUCUGUAGCUCCUCCACCUAUGAUAAAGAAGCCUGUUAUUUUGAAGGAUGUGGGGGCUGCUCCAAAGUCUCCAGUUAAAGAUGAAACUGGCUCAAGAGCUCCGAAAAUUAAAGGACAGCCAAUUUUGGUUGACAAAUUUGCACGCAAGAAGCCGGUUGUUGACCCUGUGAUUGCACAGGCUGUAUUAGCCCCUAUAAAACCAGGAAAGGGCCCUGCUCCUGGGAAGUACAGAGACCGAAAGAAAAGUAUUUCACCUGGAACACCAAGAAGGCGGAUGGUGGAUGAUGAUGUUGAGAUUCCUGAUGAGGAGCUCAAUGUUUCUAUUCCCGGUGCAGCUACCGGGAGAAAAGGGAGGAAAUGGACAAAAGCCAGUAGGAAGGCAGCUAAACUCCAGGCUGCCAGAGAUGCAGCUCCUGUCAAAGUAGAGAUUUUAGAGGUUGGGGAAAAAGGUAUGUCAAUUGAAGAGCUAGCCUACAAUUUGACAAUCAGUGAAGGUGAAAUUCUUGGGUUUCUGUACUCAAAGGGGAUUAAGCCUGAUGGGGUGCAAACUUUGGACAAAGACAUGGUAAAGAUGAUAUGUAAGGAGCAUGAGGUGGAGGUCAUAGAUGCUGAUCCAGUAAAAUUUGAAGAAAUGGCAAAAAAGAAUGAAAUGCUUGAUGAAGACGACCUGGACAAACUACAAGAGAGGCCUCCUGUCCUUACUAUAAUGGGUCAUGUAGACCAUGGCAAGACAACCCUUUUGGAUCAUAUUCGUAAAAGCAAGGUGGCUGCCUCAGAAGCUGGUGGGAUCACACAAGGAAUUGGAGCAUAUAAAGUUUUGAUACCUGUGGAUGGCAAGUUGCAACCAUGUGUUUUCCUUGAUACUCCUGGGCACGAGGCAUUUGGAGCAAUGAGAGCCCGUGGAGCAAGGGUGACUGACAUUGCUAUUAUUGUGGUGGCUGCUGAUGAUGGGAUUCGUCCUCAGACUAUGGAGGCCAUAGCUCACGCCAAAGCAGCUGGAGUGCCCAUUGUAAUCACAAUAAAUAAGAUAGAUAAAGAUGGAGCCAAUCCAGAAAGAGUCAUGCAAGAGCUCUCUUCUAUUGGUCUCAUGCCAGAGGACUGGGGUGGUGAUGUCCCAAUGGUUCAGAUAAGCGCUCUCAAGGGGGAAAAUAUAGAUGAUUUGUUGGAAACUGUUAUGCUUGUGGCAGAGUUACAAGAAUUGAAGGCUAAUCCAGAUAGAAAUGCAAAGGGCACUGUUAUUGAAGCAGGUCUUGAUAAAUCUAAAGGGCCAGUAGCAACGUUUAUUGUACAGAAUGGCACCCUGAAAAGAGGGGAUGUAGUGGUUUGUGGACAAGCCUUUGGAAAGGUGCGGGCUUUAUUUGAUGAUGGUGGAAAACGAGUUGAUGAAGCUGGACCAUCUAUGCCUGUACAGGUUAUUGGUUUGAGUAAUGUACCAAUUGCUGGUGAUGAAUUUGAGGUUGUUGCCUCCCUUGAUAUUGCUCGUGAAAAGGCAGAGAAACGUGCAGAAUCAUUAUGGAAUGAACGCAUAUCGGCCAAGGCUGGAGAUGGGAAGGUGACCCUUUCUUCCUUAGCUUCGGCUGUCUCCGCAGGAAAGGUCUCUGGAUUAGACUUGCACCAGCUGAAUAUAAUAAUGAAAGUCGAUCUUCAGGGAUCUAUUGAAGCUAUCAGGCAAGCUUUACAAGUGCUCCCUCGAGAUAAUGUCACUUUGAAGUUCCUCUUGCAAGCUACAGGAGAUGUAAGCAACAGCGAUGUUGAUCUUGCUGUUGCUAGUGAAGCUAUAAUUUUAGGAUUUAAUGUCAAAGCUCCAGGUUCUGUCAAAAGCUACGCAGAA